AUGUCUCAGCAGAAUAUUUUGGCAGCUAGUGUUUCAGCGCUUUCUCUUGAUGACUCUGCUGCGCAUACAGUCGGAACAGGAACGUCUUCCAAGAAGAGUAGAAGACCUCAUAGGGCAUACCAUAACUUUUCCUCAGGUACUGUUCCUACUAUGAGUAACUCACCUUACACAACACCACAAUUGAACCAGCAGGAUGGUUUCCAAGAGCCUCAAGUUUUUACCCCAAAGCAGUUUGGUGGACUUGGAUUUAACAACGGUUCAGGAUCCGUUAUGUCUACGCCAGUAAUGGUGAGCCAAGAACAAUUUGGCGGGAGUGAAGCCUCCUCGCCAUAUGGUCAGCCUAUUCCUGACAUGACUGCACCUCAACCUACUUCUCACAUUGUUCCAACUCAAAGAUUUGAAGACCAAGCACAAUACUCACAACGAUCUUUUGAAACUUGUAAGGACUCAGUGCCUCCUUUACCCACUACACAGUUUUACUGUGUAGACCAGGGUUCAUGUGACCCCCAUUUGAUGAGUUUGUCCAUGUACAAUAUUCCCGAAAGUGAACACUUGAGGGCCGCUACCAAACUUCCACUUGGAGUAACCAUCCAACCUUUUUCUAGUUUGACACCCAAUGAUGCGGAAGUCCCUACAGUUCCAUUACCGAUAGAUGGUACGCCCUUGCGUUGUAGACGUUGUCGUGCCUAUGCAAAUCCUAAAUUUCAGUUCACUUAUGAUUCGGGUGUUGUUUGUAAUAUCUGUAGGGUUAAGAUGCAAGUUCCGGCAGAGCAUUUUGCACCCAUGGGACCCAACGGGCAAAGGAGUGAUUUGAACGAAAAAUUAGAAUUAUUGCGGGGAACCGUUGAUUUCUUGGUGCCAAGUAUUUACAAUGCUAUUCAAAAUAAGAAACCUUUACCGUUGCAUUACGUGUUCUUAAUUGAUGUUUCGUUGCUAGCUAAUGAAAACGGGAGCUCUUUGGCUAUGGUGGAAGGUGUUAGGUCAUGUAUUGAGUAUAUUGCAGAUUUCCAGCCAAAUUGUGAGGUAGCUAUAAUUGUUUAUGAUAAUAAAUUGAGAUUCUUCAAUCUGAGACCAGAGUUAGACAAUGCGCAAGAAUAUAUUGUGAGUGAAUUGGAUGAUGUCUUCUUACCGUUUUAUACUGGUCUAUUCGUCAAACCUGGCAACUCGAUGAAAAUCAUUAAUGACACCUUGAUAAAAAUCAGUAGUUACAUCUCCUCCGAUAAGUAUAGCCAUGUGCCACAGGUUUGUUAUGGUUCUGCUUUACAAGCUGCAAAGUUGGCGUUGGAUACAGUGACCGGUGGCCAAGGUGGUAAAAUUAUUUGUUCUUUGAAUAGUUUACCAACAAUUGGCAACGGUAACUUGUCAUUGAAAAGAGAUAACGCCCACAUCGCUCAUGUUAAAUGUGAUAAUGGAUUUUACAAGAAAUUAGCAUCUGAUUUUUUACAAUCUUACAUUUCUCUGGAUUUGUAUGUGACCAAUGCUGGAUUUAUUGAUAUGGCUACUGUGGGCCACCCUGUGGAGAUGACUUCCGGUAUCUUAAAGUAUUACCCACAUUUUCAACAAGAGGCAGAUGCGUUCACUUUAGUCAAUGACAUGGUAACGAAUGUUUCUAAUAUUGUGGGAUAUCAAGCCUUAUUAAAAGUACGUUGUUCUACUGGUCUGUCUGUGGAACAGUACUAUUGUGACUCAUCUGAUAACACUGAUCAUGAUCCAAUCAUUCCGGUGUUGACUAGAGAUACCACAUUGGAUGUUUUACUAAAAUAUGACAGUAAAAUCAAAACAGGAACUGAUGUUCAUUUUCAAACGGCGUUGUUGUACACUGACGUUGAUGGUGUCAGAAAAGUUCGUUCUAUAAACACAUCAGGUGCGGUAUCGAAUAACAUUCGCGAAAUUUUCAAGUUCAUAAACCAAAACCCCGUUAUGAGAAUAAUGAUCAAAGAUGUUAUAAAGUCUCUAGGUGAUUGUGAUUUUGUAAAGAUCAGAAGAUUGAUUGACGACAAGAUGGUGGAAAUAUUGACGCAGUACAGAGGGUUGGUUAGCAGUAAUUCAUCAACACAAUUGAUUUUACCCGAUUCCAUAAAAACUUUGCCAGCUUACAUGUUAGCAUUUGAAAAAAGCGAAUUAAUGAAACCAAACACUCAAAGUACUCGUGGUAAUGAACGAAUUUAUGAUUUAUUGAAAUAUGAUUCAUUAAACCAAGCACAACUUUGCUUCAAGCUUUACCCACAGAUCAUGCCAUUUCAUGUAUUAUUGGAAGAAACAGAUUUGACCUUUUACGAUGCUAACGAUAAGUUAUUACAAAUCAACUCCAGCUCUAUAAAUAAUCUAUCUGUAAGAACCACACACUCCAAUUUUAUCAAUGGUGGUUGCUACCUAAUUUUUCAAGGUGACACUAUUUAUCUAUGGUUUAACGAGAACACUAAUAGAAUGCUCUUACAAGAUUUGUUGUCUGUAGAUGAAUCGUUGCCUGUUGGCCAAAUUUCGCUAUUUAGUGGAACAUUGCCUGAGACGGGCACUAGCGUUAAUCAAAAGGCAUUGAAUGUUAUUAAGAACUGGCAACAAAUAGUCAACAAGUCUUCAUUGCCGUUGGUGUUAUUGAGGCCCAACGUCGACCAGUACUACAGUAACGUAAUGAGUCAAUUGCUUUGUGAGGACAAGACUGUCAACCGAAUCGAAUCAUAUGACAACUACUUGGUGAUAAUGCAUAAAAAAAUUCAAGAAAAACUUCAAAAGGAUGAUUUCAUUAAAGUUUCCAAUGCUGCAAAUCAUGAAAACAUACAUCAAAAAUUUGUACAAUUUUGA